GCGCCGCUCCCGCCCCGCGCCGCCACCACCGCCGCGCCGAGUCCUUUUGUCCAAGAUGGCGGCGCCGGGGGCGCUGCCUCCAGGGCCGCCGCCGCCGCCGCCGCUGUGACGGGCCCGCGGGCCGCCCGCUCGCCGCGCUGGUGCCAUGAAGCGGCAGAGCGAGCGAGACUCCAGCCCGAGCGGGCGUGGCUCGUCGUCAUCGGCAAAGCGGCCACGGGAGCGCGAAAGGGAGGCGGAGGCGGGCGGGCGGCGAGCGGUGCAUAAGGCCUCCGGCGGCGCCAAACAUCCAGUUCCAGCGCGGGCCCGCGACAAGCCCCGUGGUAGCGGGGGCGGCGGCGGAGGACAUCGCGACGGCCGCGGCGCCGGGGACGCCAAUCACCGUGUAAGCAGCGGACGCUCGUCGGGCUCCGGAGCCGGCGGCGGAGGACGCGGCGGCAAGGCCUCGGGGGACCCGGGCGCCUCAGGCGCAUCGCCCCGGGCCUCUCCGCUGCCGCCACCGCCCCCGCCGCCCGGGGCCGAACCUGCGGGUCCUGGCUCUGCAGGCGUGCCGGAGUACAAGACGCUGCUCAUCAGCAGCCUGAGUCCCGCGCUGCCCGCCGAGCACCUCGAGGACCGGCUGUUCCAUCAGUUCAAGCGCUUCGGCGAGAUCAGUCUGCGCCUGUCGCACACGCCGGAGCUGGGGCGCGUGGCCUACGUGAACUUCCGGCACCCGCAGGACGCGCGUGAGGCCCGCCAGCACGCCCUGGCCCGCCAGCUGCUGCUGUAUGACCGUCCGCUCAAGGUGGAGCCGGUGUACCUGCGCGGCGGCGGUGGCGGGAGCAGCCGGAGAAGCAGCAGCAGCAGCGCCGCCGCCACCACGCCGCCCCCGGGGCCUCCUGCGCCAGCAGACCCGCUCGGCUACCUGCCGCUGCACGGAGGGUACCAGUACAAGCAGCGCUCGCUGUCCCCAGUCGCUGCCCCACCCUUGCGGGAGCCCCGCGCCCGUCACACCGCCGCAGCCUUUGCCCUGGACGCUGCCGCCGCUGCCGCCGCCGUGGGGCUGUCGCGGGAGCGGGCCCUGGACUACUACGGACUGUAUGACGACCGUGGGCGCCCCUAUGGCUACCCGGCCGUGUGCGAAGAGGACCUGAUGCCGGAGGACGAUCAGCGGGCCACUCGAAACCUGUUCAUUGGGAACUUGGACCACAGCGUGUCUGAGGUGGAGUUGCGCCGUGCCUUUGAGAAGUAUGGCAUCAUUGAGGAGGUGGUCAUCAAGAGGCCGGCCCGAGGGCAGGGGGGGGCCUAUGCAUUCCUCAAAUUCCAGAACCUGGACAUGGCCCACAGGGCUAAGGUGGCCAUGUCAGGCCGGGUGAUUGGCAGAAAUCCCAUUAAGAUCGGUUAUGGCAAGGCCAACCCCACCACUCGCCUCUGGGUGGGUGGCCUGGGACCCAACACUUCCCUGGCAGCCCUGGCCCGGGAGUUCGAUCGCUUUGGAAGCAUUCGGACCAUUGACCAUGUCAAAGGAGAUAGCUUUGCCUACAUCCAGUAUGAGAGCUUGGACGCAGCCCAGGCCGCCUGUGCAAAAAUGAGGGGCUUUCCUUUGGGUGGUCCAGACCGCAGGCUCCGGGUAGAUUUUGCCAAAGCGGAAGAGACUCGGUAUCCCCAGCAGUACCAGCCCUCACCCCUCCCUGUGCACUAUGAACUUCUCACAGAUGGAUAUACCCGGCACCGGACCCUGGAUGCAGACUUGCGGGUGCGAGAUAGGACCCCUCCACACCUUCUGUACUCGGACCGAGACAGGACCUUUUUGGAAGGGGACUGGACCAGCCCCAGUAAAAGUUCUGACCGCAGAAACAGCCUGGAGAGUUAUAGUCGUUCAGUGCGUAGCCGGAGUGGUGAGCGCUGGGGAGGGGACGGGGAUAGAGGCAUGCCCAAGCCCUGGGAAGACAGGCGCAAGCGGAGGAGCCUUUCCAGUGACCGUGGGAGGACAACCCACUCUCCAUAUGAGGAACGAAGCAGGACCAAGGGUGGUGGGCAGCAGGCUGACCGCGGCUGUGACCGCACCCCUGAACGCAGCCGCAAGGAGAACCACUCUGGUGAAGGGACCAAGGAGUCAGGCAACUCCCUCAGCAACAGCAGACAUGGGGCUGAGGAGCGCAGCCACCACCACCACCACCACGAAGCUCCAGACUGUUCCCAUGGGAAGAAGGUGAGAGAGAGUGAGCGCAAUCAUCGGACCACUGAGGUUGAGCCCAAGCCUCUCGAAGAGCCAAAACACGAGACCAAAAAGCUGAAGACUCUUUCAGAGUAUGCUCAGACACUGCAGCUGGGUUGGAAUGGGCUUUUAGUGUUGAAAAACAGCUGUUUCCCAACAUCUAUGCACAUCCUAGAGGGGGACCAGGGAGUCAUCAGUGGUCUCCUCAAAGACCAUACUUCGGGAAGCAAGCUGACCCAGCUGAAGAUCGCCCAGCGCCUUCGCCUGGACCAGCCCAAGCUUGACGAGGUCACUCGACGCAUCAAGCAGGGGAGCCCCAAUGGCUACGCCGUGCUCCUGGCCACCCAGGCAGCCCCCAGUGGGCCUGGCACCGAGGUAAUGGCCACAGUGGAGCCAGGCCUGCAGAGAAGGCUUCUCAGGAACCUGGUUUCCUACUUGAAACAGAAGCAGGCUGCUGGGGUGAUCAGCCUGCCAGUAGGGGGGUCUAAGGGCAGAGACCUCACAGGCAUGCUCUACGCCUUCCCGCCCUGCGACUUCUCACAGCAGUACCUCCAGUCAGCGCUGAGGACAUUGGGCAAGCUGGAAGAGGAGCACAUGGUGAUAGUGAUAGUGAGAGACACUGCCUAACCCACACUCAAGCAGUCACUUUUCAAAUCUGCUUCUCUACUUGCUCCCUUGGUUUGAAUUCUCUGCUGGAUUAAUUUGGUUCAAUCUAAAUUCUUAGAUGGUGGGGGAUUUUUUUUUUUUUUUAACGAAAAGAACCCGUUAUGUUGACUUCUCUAGUGUAUGAGAUACUGUCUGCUGUAUUCUGUAUUUUUUUAUUUUUUGACUAACUGUAUGGCAAGUUGUCAGUAAAGCCUUUGUCAGGAUGGAUUUCUAA